CUCACACGUGAUCGGGCUUCGCACGCAGAGACUCGCGCGGUGUUUCGGAUCGGAUCCUUCAGAGACCCGCUAACGACCCGAGAGAGAGAGAGCGAGCUCCAUCUUCGGGCUCUGCAAAGCUCGGCGGCGGCGGCGAUGGAUCUACUGCCCGGCGAGGGCGGAGGGACGCCGUCUAUUGCCAGACGGCAGGGGUUCCGAUCGCUGAAGUUGGUGAAUUUCGCCAUGGAUGAACCGCUCCCGACUGAGCCCGUCGGUGUUGAAUAUGGCGUCCUCGAGAAUGGGCUCUCUUACUACGUUCGCUCCAACCCCAAGCCUCGUAUGCGCGCUGCCCUUGCACUCGCGGUCAAGGUCGGCUCAGUUUUGGAAGAUGAGGAGGAGCGCGGAGUUGCUCACAUUGUUGAACACCUUGCUUUCAAUGCAACAACAAAAUACACAAAUCAUGAUAUUGUUAAGUUUCUUGAAAGCAUUGGAGCUGAGUUUGGCGCUUGUCAAAAUGCACUCACUUCUUCUGAUGAAACUAUAUAUGAGUUGCUUGUUCCAGUAGACAAGCCUGGUCUCCUAUCGCAGGCCAUAUCUGUUUUGGCUGAAUUCAGCUCUGAGAUUCGGGUUGCGGCAGAAGAUCUUGAGAAAGAAAGGGGUGCUGUUUUAGAAGAAUAUAGAGGAGGGCGUAAUGCUGCAGGGCGGAUGCAGGAUGCUCAUUGGAUUCUAAUGUUUGAGGGCUCAAAGUAUGCAGAACGUCUGCCAAUUGGUUUGGAGAAGGUGAUACGAACAGUUACUCCUGAAACAGUUAAGCAGUUUUACAAGAAGUGGUAUCACUUGAGCAACAUGGCCGUAGUUGCUGUUGGGGAUUUCAAUGAUACACAGAGUGUAGUUGACUCAAUAAAGAUUCAUUUCGGGCAGAAAGUUCCCUCAUCUAUCAUUCCUGUCAUACCUGAUUUCCCUGUCCCAUCACACAAUGAACCACGAUUCUCAUGUUUUGUUGAGUCGGAAGCUGCUGGUUCUGCAGUAAUGAUCAGCUGUAAGUUUCCAGCUAGUGAUAUGAUAACUGUAAAGGAUUACAGGGAUUCACUAGCAGAAGCAAUGUUCCAUUGUGCUUUAAACCAGAGGUUCUUCAAAAUAGCACGCAGAAAAGAUCCACCAUACUUCUCAUGCUCUUCAGCUGCAGAUGCACUUGUUCAGCCUGUUAAAGCUUAUAUUAUGUCCUCAAGUUGCAGAGAAAAAGGAACUGUGGAUGCCCUUGAAUCGAUGCUGAUGGAGCUUGCUAGGGUUCGGCUUCAUGGGUUUUCUGAUCGUGAGAUAUCCAUUGUCCGUGCUUUGAUGAUGUCAGAAAUUGAAUCUGCCUACUUGGAGCGAGAUCAAAUGCAAUCCACAAGUCUGAGAGAUGAGUAUUUGCAGCAUUUUUUCCGAAAAGAGCCUAUUGUUGGAAUCGAGUAUGAAGCUCAGUUGCAAAAGACAAUCCUGGCUCAUAUUUCUCCAGCAGAAGUAUCCAAAUUUGCUGCAAAUUUCUGUACAUCAUGCAGUUGUGUGAUAAAGAUAGUGGAACCUCGUGCUUGCGCUAGAUUGGAAGACCUGAAAGCGGCCGUAUCAAAAGUCAAUGCAUUGGAGGGAGAUAGACAUAUUUCUCCAUGGGAUGAUGAACAUGUCCCAGAAGAAAUUGUUGGUGAGAAGCCACUACCAGGGAGCAUCAUAGAGCAGACUGAGCAUACAAGUAUUGAAACAACCGAGUUGCUUUUGUCAAAUGGCAUGCGGAUUUGCUAUAAGCGCACCAACUUUCUGGAUGAUCAGGUUAUUUUUACUGGUUUUGCAUAUGGUGGUUUAUCUGAACUGUCGGAAGAUGAAUACUUUUCUUGUUCCAUGGGAUCAACCAUUUCUGGAGAAAUUGGUGUAUUUGGUUAUAAACCAUCUGUUCUUAUGGAUAUGCUAGCUGGUAAAAGAGCUGAAGUAAGCACCAAAGUCGGGGCAUACAUGAGAACAUUUUCUGGCGAUUGCUCUCCUUCAGAUCUCGAAACUGCCUUUCAGCUUGUGUACCAACUAUUUACUACAAAUGUAGAGCCUAGAGAUGAAGAAGUGAAAAUUGUUAUGCAAAUGGCUGAAGAAGCUAUUCUUGCUCAAGAAAGGGACCCAUACAACACGUUUGCAAAUCGUGUCCGAGAACUAAACUAUGGAAAUUCCUACUUUUUCAGGCCAAUUAGGAUCAGCGACCUGAAGAAAGUUGACCCCAUAAAAGCAUGUGAAUAUUUUAAUAAUUGUUUUAAGGACCCAUCCACUUUUACUGUUGUAUUGGUUGGAAAUAUUGAUCCAGCUGUGUCUCUUCCUUUAAUUCUGCAGUAUCUGGGUGGAAUUCCAAAGUCCUCUGAACCAAUUCUAAAUUAUAACCGUGAUGACUUAAAAGGCUUGCCCUUCAAUUUUCCUGGAAAAAUUAUCAGAGAAGUUGUGCGCAGCCCUAUGGUGGAAGCCCAGUGUUCUGUCCAGCUAGCAUUUCCUGUGGUUCUAAAAAAUACUGCUAUGAUGGAAGAGAUCCAUUUUAUUGGAUUUCUCAGUAAACUUUUGGAGACAAAAAUUAUGCAAGUGCUCCGUUUCAAACAUGGACAGAUCUACUCAGUGGGUGUUUCUGUCUUCCUGGGUGGAAAUACACCUUCAAGAACAGGAGAUGUCCGUGGUGACAUAAGUGUAAAUUUUUCAUGUGAUCCAGAUAUCUCGUGGAAGCUCGUUGACCUUGCCUUGGAGGAGAUGCAUUAUCUUCAAGAUCAAGGCCCUUCAGAUGAGGAUAUCACUACUAUUCUUGAAAUUGAACAAAGGGCCCAUGAAAAUGGAUUGCAGGAAAACUAUUAUUGGAUGGACCGAAUUUUACGCAGCUAUCAGUCACGAGCCUAUUUUGGUGAUAUCAGUGCCUCGUUUGAGGUUCAAGAUGAAGGUCGGACAAAAGUUAGAAAUUCUUUGACACCAUACACAGCACAAUCAGCAUUGCAAAGACUACUGCCUUUUCCUUGCAGAAAGCAAUAUACAGUAGUGAUCUUAAUGCCUCAAGUAUCUCGCUUAAAGCUUCUGAUGCCAUUGUCUUUAUUUAAAUCAAGUGGAUUUAGCAGAGACGCAAAGAUUUUGGCUGCUGCAGCAGGUGCAGUGCUUGUAGGUUUCAGUUUGUGGAGGUACCUGCGAAGUUCUUUGAAUUCUUAGAAAACUAAAAUGCAGUGUUCCUCCAGGGUGGCAUUUCAUGUAGGAUUUAGAACAAGGUAACAGAAAACGGUAAUUCAAAUGACCAUCACGUCGGCGGAGCAGGUUUAAACUAUCUGAAUUCUUUGAUUCCUUUGGCAGCACAAUCAGAUUGUUUCAAGGGAAUCCUUGCAAGAUUUUAUCAAUGUAAUGUUUUGUGUGGGCUUUUGUUUACCCUAUGAAAAGGAUCACAUAAGCCUGUGAAAGCAUUCUAAAUAUACUGUUUGUAAAGCAGUUUGUACUUUUUAGGUUAGAAUAUCUCAAAGAAUAAUAACAAGGAUGUGUAUUCUACAGCUUUUCAGCAAGUUCUCUUGCUAUUAUUUACUUUUUUUUUGUUUUCUGCAAUGAUCCUUUUACUGAUCAUCUGA